AGCAUAAAUACCAGCUCCUGAGGAGAGCUACAACUCCUGUUAGAUCACCUGGAGAGAACAUUCAGGUCAUAGGCAGAAGUCCUCAGGAUGAGAGCUGUGAUUUUGAGCCUCUCCCUGCUCUUCCUCACAGGGAGCCAGGCCAACUAUUUCUGGCAGCAUGAUGAGCCCCAGACGCCCCUGGAGCAGGUGAAGGAUGCCCUGACUGUCUACCUGAACGCUGUCAGGGACACUGGCAAGGAGUAUGCGUCUCAGUUUGAGUCCUCCUCUAUGGGCAAAGAAUUGGACCUGAAGAUUACAGACACUCUAUCUUCCCUGGGUUCAGCCUUCACUGCUUUCUAUGACGAGCUCUCCCCUGCCUACCUGGGACUCAAGGAUAGCUUAGUUAAGGAAACCGAGGGCCUGCGGGAGGAGAUGACAAAGGGCUUGGAAGAAGUGAAGAAGAAUAUUCAACCCCACCUGGAUGCGUUUGAGAAGAAGUGGCAGUCCGACAUGGAGCUCUACCGCCAGAAGGUCGCCCCUCUGACCCAGGACCUGAAGGACAGCGCCAAGCAGAAGUUCGAUGAGCUCCAUGAGAAACUGAGCCCCUUGGGCCAAGAACUUCGAGAGCGUGCCCAGAGCCACAUCGAGACCGUCAGGGAGUACUUGAGUCCCUACCACGAGAAGCUCAAGACAAACCUGAGCCAGAAGCUGCAGGAGCUCCGGGAGAAAGGCUUGCCCUCCGCCUCUGAAUAUCAAGCCAAGGUAUCCCAGCAGCUGAAAGCCAUUAAGGAAAAGGUCACUCCGCUCCUGGAGGAUCUCAAGGGAAGCGUUGACCCUAUUUCAGAGAAAUUCAAAGCCGAGCUUCUGUCCAUGCUGGAGGAAGCCCGGAAGUCCUUGGCCAGCCAAUGAGGAUGCCACUCUCUGCCCUCCCUCAACAUUGCCUCAGUGACCAGCUCCAAUCCAAAUUACUCCCCCUUUUAAGGCUGUGGGUCAUAUCUGGACAGGAAGCCAGAGCCAAAAAACAAAGAAGGGUUCCAAUGUAGGCUGCUGCUAGCCCCUACUCUGCUCCUGCCAUCAGCGCUGCACAGGGGCCCCCAGCAGCAUUCCUCUCACUCCUGCGUUUCCCUUACUUCUGGGAAUUCAGGGAAGCGGUGGAUUUGGAGAGGAAUUCAUGGAGACCAAUGUAGCCCUAGGUUGGAGUGUAUGUACAUGUGGUGGGGAGAGAGCCUCUCUUCCUGGCUGUUCAGUUCCUCUUCCUUCCCUUCUCCAGCUUAUUUUCCCCCCUGAUUUUGUGGAAUAAAGGUGUCUAAGUUAUCAAGCAA